GUUCUUUUUGGUGGAGUGUGUUUUGCCCCCGUCGACCCGGGCCACAGAGGAGACACGGAGACAACCAACAUGCUACUGCUGCCAGUAGCACGCAUGGCGACGUGCCAACGCCUGCUCACCCCGCUGCAACAGCGAUUGCUGGGAUGCACAGCACAGCUUCAUUCUGCAGCCCGCCCGCGUCCCCAAGUCCAGCUCGUCUUGGAAGAUGGCACCGUCUUCGAUGGAUAUGCAUUUGGAGCAGAACAAGCAACAGCUGGCGAAGUCGUCUUCAACACUGGCAUGUCGUCGUAUCCCGAGUCGCUGACGGAUCCUUCGUACCGUGGCCAGAUCCUCAGCUUCACCUACCCACUCAUCGGCAACUACGGCGCCCCAGGAUAUGCAAAGGAUGAACUCGGUCUGCAGCGGUAUUUGGAAUCCAACAGCAUUCACGUUUCCGGUGUCGUUGUGUCUGAUUACUCUGAGAGCUUCAGCCACUUUGAAGCCGUGCACUCCCUCUCCGACUGGAUGGCCAAAGAAGGCAUUCCUGGCAUCACUGGUGUGGACACGCGUGCGCUGACGAAGAAGAUCCGUGAGCACGGCGCCAUGCUGGGCAAGAUUGUGCCCAAGGAUGCAGACUUCCUCACUGAGUUCACAGACCCAAACAAGCGCAACCUCGUCGCAGAGGUGUCUCGGUCGCACGUGCAGACAUAUGUGCAGCCCGGUGGCGGUGAUGUAGACAUCCUCGCUGUUGACUGUGGCAUGAAGGAGAACAUUGUUCGCCACUUGGUUAAGCGCGGUGCCCGCGUCAAGGUCGUACCGUGGGACUACGACUUCACGCAGGAUCAAUAUGAUGGCUUGUUCCUCAGCAACGGGCCGGGCGAUCCCGUUAUGUGCCAGUCAACCAUCAACCACCUUCGCCGGGCCCUCGAGAUGAACAAGCCCGUGUUUGGCAUCUGCCUUGGCCACCAGCUGCUUGCGCUCGCUGCCGGCGCGAAGACAUACAAGCUUCCCUUUGGCAACCGCGGCCAGAACCAGCCCUGCAUCAACCUCGAAGACAGGCGCUGCUACAUCACCUCUCAGAACCACGGCUAUGCUGUUGACGCCAACACGCUGCCCGCAGAGUGGGAGCCGCUGUUUGUGAACGCAAACGACGGCAGCAACGAGGGCCUCAAGCACAAACACCAGCCGUUCUUCUCUGUGCAGUUCCACCCAGAGGCUGCCGGUGGCCCCCAGGACACCGAGUUUCUCUUCGACCGCUUCCUUGCAGAGGUGCGCGGGCAGAAGGCAAAGGACCCAGAGCUCUUCCUCCCCAUUGGCCCUGCCCUCGCCAGCGGGCAGUCUGUAGCCACGGCCAUCUCCACCGCCUCCAACUGCAUGCGUUUCCCUGCAGCGCCGCUCGUGCCGUCGUACCCGCCGCUGCGUAAGGUCCUCAUCCUCGGCUCCGGCGGGCUCCAGAUUGGCCAGGCCGGCGAGUUUGACUACUCGGGGUCGCAGGCGAUCAAGGCGCUCAAAGAGAAAGGGAUCAAGAGCGUUCUCGUGAAUCCAAACAUUGCCACCGUCCAAACGGCCGAAGGACUCGCAGACCAGGUGUACCUGAUGCCGAUUGAGCCUGAGUUUGUGCAAGAAAUCAUUGCCAAGGAGCGUCCAGACGGGAUUUUUCUCCAGUUUGGCGGACAAACGGCCCUCAACUGCGGUGUUGAGCUCGACCGCAACGGCGUGCUCGCCCAGUAUGGCGUGCGUGUGCUCGGCACCUCUGUCAACUCGAUCAUCGCCACGGAGGAUCGCGAAAUCUUUGCGCAGAAGCUGCUCGACAUUGGCGAGAGCAUUGCCACGUCCGUCGCCGCCACUUCCACCGACGCGGCCAUCCAGGCUGCGCGUGAGAUUGGAUACCCCGUGAUUGUGCGCGCCGCAUUCUCGCUGGGCGGGCUCGGGUCUGGAUUUGCGCACGACGAGGAGCAGUUGCGCAGGCUGUGUUCGCGCGCGUUCAGCCAGUGCCCGCAGGUGCUGGUGGAGAAGUCGCUCAAGGGGUGGAAGGAGAUUGAGUACGAGGUCGUUCGCGACCAAUAUGACAACUGCGUCACCGUCUGCAACAUGGAAAACUUCGACCCACUCGGCAUCCACACUGGUGAUUCGAUUGUGAUUGCGCCGUCGCAGACGCUCUCUGACCAGGACUACCACAUGCUGCGCUCAGCCUCCAUCCGCGUUGCCCGCACGCUCGGCAUUGUUGGCGAAUGCAACGUUCAGUUUGCACUCGACCCCAACUCCCGCGAGUACUGCAUCAUCGAGGCAAACCCGCGCCUCUCCCGAUCAAGUGCUCUCGCCUCCAAGGCGACGGGGUAUCCGCUGGCGUUUGUUGCAGCAAAGCUGGCGAUUGGCGAAAACCUCAUUGAUGUCAAGAACAGCAUCACGGGAUCAACCACUGCCUGCUUCGAGCCAAGCCUCGACUAUGUUGUGACGAAGAUCCCUCGGUGGGACAUCAAGAAGUUCAACAACGCGUCGCCUGUGCUCGGGUCUGGCAUGAAGAGUGUGGGUGAGGUCAUGGCCAUCGGGCGCACGUUUGAAGAGUCGUUCCAGAAGGCCAUUCGCAUGGUUGACCCGUCCCUGCACGGCUUUGAGCCGCAGGCUGCAGACGAUCUGCUUGAUGCCAUCACCGUCGCCACGGAAUCCCGCCCAUACGCUAUUGCCGAGGCGUUCCGGCAAGGGUAUUCGGUUGAUCAGAUCCACCAGCUGACGCAGAUUGACCGGUGGUUCCUCUCCAAGUGCAAGAACAUUUUCGACAUUGGCAACGACCUUGCAGCGCACACCCUGUCGACGGUGCCUGCCUCGCUGUUGGAGGUGGCAAAACGUUCCGGUUUCUCCGACGCGCAGAUUGCGCAACGACUCAACUGCGGCCAGCUUGAUGUUCGACAGAAGCGAAAGGACCUUGGCAUUGUGCCAGUUGUGAAGCAGAUUGACACGCUUGCUGCCGAGUUUCCGGCCAUGACCAACUACUUGUACACGACAUACAGCGGCACUGAGGACGACGUGAGCUUUGUUGACAACCACACCACCUCCACCAUGGUGCUCGGGUCUGGCGUGUACCGCAUUGGCAGCAGCGUCGAGUUUGAUUACAGCGCCGUGCAGUGCGUCCGCACCCUGCGCAGCCUCGGACACAAGACGAUUAUGGUCAACUACAACCCUGAGACGGUGUCGACGGACUAUGACGAGAGCGACCGGCUGUACUUUGAGGAGUUGUCACUGGAACGCGUCCUCGACAUCUACGACAAGGAACUGCCGACCGGCACCGUCGUCUCCGUUGGCGGACAGAUUCCAAACAACCUGAGCCUGUCGCUGCACGAUGCGGGCGUGCCUGUUGUUGGCACUGAUCCGCGGGAGAUUGACCGGGCUGAGGACCGGCACAAGUACUCGUCGCUCAUGGACCAAGUCGGCAUCGACCAGCCAGCGUGGCGGGAGCUGUCGAGCUUUGGAGAUGCCGAGGAGUUCUGCAACCAAGUCGGCUACCCCGUCCUCGUCCGCCCCUCAUAUGUCCUCAGUGGCGCUGCAAUGAAUGUGGUGCGCACAAAGGAGCAGCUGCAGCGGUAUUUGAAGGAGGCGGCAGACGUCUCCAAGGACCACCCCGUCGUCAUUUCAAAGUUCAUCGAGGAUGCGCGGGAGAUUGAGCUUGAUGCUGUUGCACAAGAGGGCCGACUUGUCGUGCACGCCAUUGCCGAGCACGUUGAAAACGCCGGUGUCCACUCUGGCGACGCCACGCUCGUCCUGCCUGCACAGAACUUGACCAGCGAGGAGUACAAUGGCGUGCUGGCCUCUGGAAAGGCAAUUGCCCAAGCGCUCAACAUUAGCGGGCCGUUCAACUGCCAGUUCCUCCUGACCAAAGACGGUGCCAUUAAGGUGAUUGAGACCAACCUUCGUGCCUCCCGCAGUCUCCCCUUCUGCUCCAAGGUCCUUGGCGUGGACUUUGCCGAGAAAGCGGCACGCGUAUUCGCUGGCGAGCAUGUGGAGAGCAUGGACAUUGACCUGGAUGCCAUCCCGUAUGUUGGGGUGAAGGCACCGCAGUUCUCGUGGGCGCGGCUGCUCGGCGCUGACCCCGUCUUAGGCGUGGAGAUGGCAUCAACAGGUGAAGUUGGGUGCUUGGGAGCAACAAAGGAGGAGGCGUUCUUGAAGGCGGUGAUUGCGGCGAAUCUGCGCCUGCCACAGAAGACAAUUCUCAUCAUGGCCGGAGACCACAAGGACGACUUCCUCGCUUCAGCCCGCGCUCUCGCAGCCAUGGGGUACAAGCUGCUUGCGACACCACCAACUGCGCUGCACCUUGCCCGCAACGGCGUUGCCGUGACGCGUGCGAACAUGCCACGCCAGGACGACUAUCUCGCUGAUCCGCACACGCUCGACGUGUUGCAUGCGCUGCGAAGCGGAGAGGUGGAUCUCUUCAUCAACUUCCCGCUGGCGACGUCGCUUGGACAGGAGCCGAACACGGACGAGCAGCGCAAGACAUACCGCGUCCGCCGCGCAGCCGUCGACCACAACGUCCCCAUCAUCACAAACCUCAAGGUUGCGCAGCAGCUCGUGCAGGCGCUGGCGAAGAUGCACCGGUUUGGCAUCCAGUCGUACCAGGAGGCCCGCGCCCUCGCCCGCGCCAAGCAGGUCGAGACAGCAGCAGCCAAGGCAGAGGCAGACGGUGGUGUUGCAUGCGAGGAUGACGGGUACGUGUCGGAUGACACCGAUGCUGACAGCAUGCUCAGUGACACGACAACAGCGGCGCAGCACCAGCAGUCGUAGCCCGGGGGCGAGAGUGCCUUCAUGUGGGCGAGAGAGAGGAAGGAGGGGGAAAGAGACGACAAACAGAAUGAAGAGCGGAUGGGCGGGCCAGUUGGCCUGCCCCUCCUUGUUCACAAUGUGUAUUGUGUGCGUGUGUGUGUGUGUGUGUGUGUGUGUGUGUGUGUGUGUGUGUGUGUGUGUGUGUGUGUGUAGAGCCUGCAGAUGAAGGCAUGCAAUGUGCAAUGGCCAGAUUGGCUUUAACCAAAGAUGGUUUUCUUGCUGUUGUCGAGGUUGGUUGUGGUGCGUGUCCGUGUAUGGGCCGUUCAACAGCAGCGCGUGCAGUUGCUUGUAUGUUGGUUUGUACGCAAAAUGCAAUACACAGCAGCAGUUGAG